AUGUCUUAUUAUCCUAAUCAACCUCCUUACGGAGCACCCCAAUACGGGCAGCAAGGCCCUCCUGCAGGACCUCCGCAGGGCUAUCAGCAGCCUUACGGCGCCCCUCCCCCGCAGGGCCAAUAUCCCCCUCAGCAAGGCCAAUAUCCCCCUCAGCAAGGCCAAUACCCCCCUCAGCAAGGCCACUACCCCCCACCUCAACAGGGCCACUACCCUCCACCCCAGCAAGGCCACUACGGUGCCCCUCCUCCGCAGGGAGGCCAGUACGGCGCGCCACCUCCCCAACCCCAAGGAUACCAUGCCCCGCCCGCGCAACCUCCUUACGGCCAGCAGCCGCAUGGCUAUGCCCCUCAAGGCCAACCACCAGUUGGAUACGGCGCACCGCCCCAGGGCUCUCCCUCACAACCGUCUCCCGGUUACAUCCCUGGUCAAGUAGCACCAGGCGACUUCCGGUCCCAAGCAGAUGCGCUUCGCAAAGCGAUGAAGGGCUUCGGUACUGACGAGAAGGCCCUGAUCGCAGUCCUCGCGCCACUCGACCCGCUCCAGAUGGCUGCUGUCCGCGACACAUACUCCAAGCACCUCGGUCGUGAUCUGUUCAAGGAUGUCAAAUCCGAGACCGGCGGGUACUUCCGCGAUGGCCUCCUUGCUGUGCUCGACGGACCGCUUAUGCAUGAUGUCGAUAACCUGCAUGACGCUAUCGAUGGCGCCGGCACGAAGGAAUGGCUACUCAACGAUAUCCUGCUCGGCCGGUCCAAUGCUGACAUGAAUGCUAUCCGGACCGCCUACGAAAUGAGACAUAGGCGUUCGCUUUCCAAGGAUGUCGAAGGCGACCUCUCCUUCAAGACGUCUACUCUUUUCGCAACUGUCCUUCGUGCUGCUCGUCAUGAGGAGUCUACCCCGAUCAACCCGCAAACCAUUGAGACGGACGUUCGCGCACUGCAAUCGAAAGAGAGCACCACCGAGGCGUGCGUAAUUUUCGCUCAGGCGUCCAAUGCCGAGCUCCGCGCUAUUAGCCAGGCUUUCGAGUCACGCUACCGUAUUCCCCUUGAGAAGCAUAUCAAGGAUGAAUUCUCGGGUCAUAUGGAAGAUGCACUGCUCUUGAUGCUCCGCUCCGCUACUGAUCCUGCCAUGCGUGAUGCCAUCCUGCUGGAGGAAUGCAUGAGCGGCAUGGGAACCAAGGAUGAGCGCCUUGUUGUUCGUGUUGUCCGAGUACACUGGGAUCGCAACCACAAAGAACGAGUCAAGCGCGCUUAUCAACACAAGUACGGAAAGAGCUUGAUUGACCGGGUGCGCGGCGAGACUUCUAGUGAUUACCAACGCUUGAUGGUUGCUCUUCUUGAGUAG